AUGGUAAAGAUCCUCCCCCCCUUCUUUUACCUGGCUCUCUUGGCACAAGCUGCGGCAAAAGACUUGUGUUUGUCCUCCAUCCAUGUCAUUGACGACUUCCUGCAUGAUGGUGAAGCAUCGACGCUCCUGAAGAAGGUCCAGAUGUCUGAGCCACUCGUGGAAGCUUCUGUUGAGGAGCGUCUCCGUGAAACGCUGGAUGUCCCCCCUGAUGCGGGGCUCGAAGGAUCCGUCAUCCCAGCCAGGAGCGCAAGCGGCAAUGUGUCGGAGCACCAGGACAAUGAUGGCGUAGCAGUGACCAACAGCUCUUCUGCGGUCAUUUAUCUCGAGUCGGCACCAGAUGGUGGAAGCCUUGGCAAGCUGGUCUUCAGGGAGAAGAAGACCUACUGUUCCGAGUCCCAGCUAGAGAUGGAAGUGGAUGCCAUUGCAAAGCGACUCAUUUCAUGGGACAAUGAUGCAUGCCUGCACAGCUUUCACACACAUCAUGAGGGUGCCCGCCACCUGCUUGGACCAAUGACUUUGACCUCCGGAGGCAUCGUCGGCGUGGGUGGACCCACCGUGACGGUGACCACCACCACAACGGCAUCAAUGACGAUGACGGAUACGAGCACGACGACACAGAGUGCCACCAUGACAAGCACAACGACGGGGACAAUGACCUAUACGAGCACAGAGACAACGAGCACGAUGACAACGGUCACGGUGACCACAUCCACAGCGACUAGCAUCACAAUGACGGACACAUCGACUUCCACAGUCGUGACGAGCACCGUCACGGCAACAUUGACCAUGACGGCCACAGCGACACAGGUGCUGCGUAGGGGCGGGGCUCUUCUCAACUGCGAGAAGUUCCGAGAUGCUAACGUGCAGGACCAUGCAGGGCGGACCGCGUUGCACGUUGCAGCAGGCCUCGGCCACACGGCAGUCUGCGCGCUUCUGCUUGCCAGUUCCAAAUUCUCGGCCGCCAACAUGCAGGACUGGCACGGGUGGACAGCCCUGCACUGCGCUGCGUCGCAGGGUCGCCGUGAGGUCUGCAGCUUUCUGCUGGGCAACCCCCGCUUUCGGCUGGUGGCUGCGGUCCAGCAGGAUGGCCUCAAUGCGGUGGCUUUGGCAGAGCAAGCUGGCUCCGUCGCAACGGUGCGCACGCUGGAGCUGCAUCCGGCAUUCGGGGAGGCUCCGUUGCGCGCAGAAAGCUCUUUGCGACUGAAUCUCAGCGGAGUAUUGAAGCGUGCAGUGAAGCUCUGGGUGAUCUGCGACAACGAACUUGGUGCCAAGUGCGAGCUGCAAGUGACUUGUGAAUUCUGCUGGGAGCUGCAUGACUUGGAUGUGAGGGAACGUGCUGGCAUGCAUUUUGCGAGUGCGUGGACUGCCGCUUGGCAGCGCUACCCGGUCCUACUUGCGCCGGAGCCACCCGGCAGUCGCGAAGCUUUCUACCGGCGCAUGAGCUGGGUGAUCGAGCUGACCCGAGGGCUCCACCGGCGAGUCAAAUCUGCAGCCUGCGCGGACACCGGCAAGGCCUCUGUCUUCUAUGUUCCGAGCUUCUUUGCUUUGCUGAUUGCCAUUCACGACGAGGAAAGCCUCCGUUGCCUGGCGGAAGCUUCCGCAGCGCUGACGAGCAGCAGUCUGUAUUGGCGCAACAUCGGCUACGACCACUUCUACAUUCAUGGCAUGGAAUAUCCGGUUGUCACCGAUUUCGACUUCUCGCUUGGGGUGCCGCGGCCACGUGACGAGGCCCACCUUUGGGCAGUCAAAGCCUUCUAUGCCACCACACGGAAUAUGAUGCUCCUUACGACAGGUGAGCUCGAUCAAGGAUCUCUUCCCUCCGCCCUGGCGGCGAACCUUUAUGCGACAAGGCGCUUGGUGAACGUGCCAUUCAUGCUUCGCGAAGACUGCCAUGCUGUUGCGGAGGAUCCCAGUGCUCACAAGCUUUCGUUCGUCGGAUCCGUGCAGGAUCACAACCAUGAGCGGGUUCUUUUUCUGAGGGCGUCGGCGCUGGAGUUCGGAAGCGACCUCACCAAGCAAGCGGAAGGAUUCCUAUGGUCCGUGAAUACUGCGAAGCUCUUUCUCCGAGCCUUGGUCCCACAGGGCUUUGGCGGCACCGUUACCCACGUGUUGAACAACAGCCGACGUGAGCGUUUGGCUCUGCAGCGGCGAAAUCUGAAGAAUCUGUACCGACGCACGAGCAUCUGCGUCGUAGCACCAGGGGACGCCCCAGCACUCGGGCAGCGACUCUCUGACGUCUUGGAAGCAGGUUGCAUUCCUGCUGUGCUGGUUGGCCCUGGCUCCCAGCCGGUGCUUCCACUCCAAGGCAUCGUUCGCUGGGAGGAAUUUGCGAUCAUCGUGCGCUUGGGGGAUGACGUGGCAGGUGCGCGGUGGGCGAUCCGACGCCUUCUGAAAACCUCCGCGGCUGAGCUUGCCCGUCGGCGAGCAGCGCUGCAGAGAUGGCGGCCGCGACUGGCUUUGGCAUUUGGCCCCGCGUGCCACGGCAGGGAGUCGCAGCUGCAUCCUGACGCUGGCGAGCUGGCUGUUCAGGAAGUUCUUGCGGCACAGGCCAUUUGGCGGCAUCAGCUGCCCUUCGGAUCGAUGGAGAUCAACUCUUCCUCUUGCGCUCCGGGUCGCAAAGGCCUUCCGCCUCAGGGCUUGAAGUCCCGCUGCGACCUCGCGCAGCGGCUGCUGCCGCUCUGGGGUUGA